AUGAAGCUCUUCCAAUUAGGCGCACUCUUCUACUUUGUCACUCUUGCCCUAUCAGCACCACCCUCCCAGCCUAUCAGCGAUGUAGCCGUCCGCGAUGCUUCGCCCUUGGACUCAUACCACGCCCUCGAGAAGCGCAAGGGUGGUGGUGGUGGUAAAGGAGGAGGCGGUGGCAGUAGCAGCGGUGGCAAAGGCGGAUCCAGUGGCAGUGGUUCACGAUCACCAUCAUCAUACUCCUUCUCUUCCACCUCCAAUGCUGGCGGCCGCACGAAGGACGGCUCAGGCACACCCAAGUCCUAUGGCAAUCAGUACACCGGCGGCGCGGUCGUGCCAUAUACUGCUGGCGCGAGAUCUCCGAGCAGAUCAAUUGCGCCGUACGCCCUGCCCAUCACGGCACUCGCAUUCUUCCCUGGUCUGUGGCUUUACGGUAGCGUCUAUGCGUACCCUUACGGCUUGGGAUACUCUUGGAACGACCAUGGGCGAAACCGCACGAGCAACGUCACUUGUGUGUGCCAGCAGUAUCAAGUAUGUGGGUGCGAUCCGACGGAUAAUAGCACGUUCUUGAACGAUGUCGUGGCGAAUGGGACGGGUGCCGCGCCUGUGAAUUCGAGUCUGGUGCGGACUGUGGACUAUGGCAACGGAAGUGUCGAUACGUAUAUCAAUGGGUCGUUGGCGAACGGGACUACUGCGAAUGGUGGCACGGAUCCAUCGAAUACUAGUGAGAUUCCUAGUGCUGGUAUGAGGCUGGCGAUGAAUUAUGGAGGAUACUGGAUCAUGAUUGCUACGGUCGCGACGGGUAUGUGGAUGGCGGCGUGA